GUGGACUUUUCCUGGUCGGGCGACGCCGACCUCUCCGAUGCAGGGUUGCAGGGCGACUACCUCGAGAGGCUGGCAGCGGGCGCGUGGGGCGUGCGCGCGGCCUCGCCCCCCUGCAGCACCCUGUCGCGAGAUGUGGACGAGCCGCCGGGGGCGCUGAAGUGCCGGGCGUCCAAACAACUCGCCGACUUCGCCCUCCGCGCGCUGAAGACAGCUGGCGAGCAGCGGCGGGCGGCUCACAUCUCGGAGCGACCGGUGGACUUCGGCGCCGCCCAGAGGGGCGACCUCUGCGGUCAGCGCCCCGCCAGCAU